UCGAUCUCAUAUUGUUGACAAUUAUUCUAUUUCGUCCGCGUACAACCAUAACCUUAAUUGAUUGUAAGUUAAUGUCAUAUGUACAUAAUACAUAAUUCUCGCGUCUUACAGAAUAUUUGUAUAAUGAUAUAAAUAAUGAUAUCUCAUGGUUAAUAGUUUUAUCAUGAACUUUUGUUUACUUUAAAUGAGUUGAAAAGAACCAGUUGUCAGCAUGAAUCCUUCCGAGCCCAUUAGUACCGAAGUCUUGAGUUCUAAGAUGAAAGAUGUCAUAGACGUUUUGGCCAUGCAGCGUGAAAAAAGAAACGCAUUACAAAAAAGUGUCACGAUUGAUUAUACAAUCUCAAAUGAUAGCUUUGCAAUUUCACGAUUCAUAUACGAAUGUGGUAUUAAGCUAGAUGCUCAUCCACUGACCAUUGCUACUGCUUCAACAUUGUUUCAUAGAUUUUUGAGAGAAGUCAAUCCACAAUCAUAUGAUCUAUAUUUAAUGGCAACGACAUGUUUGUACCUUGCGGGAAAGAUAAAAGACGAUGGAUUGAAAAUAAGGGAUGUAAUGAACGUAUCAUCAAAUACUCUUCACAGAGGAUCCCAACCUUUAGAACUUGGUGAUCAGUACUGGAGUAUACGUGAUGCUAUAAUUCAAGCUGAAUUACUGAUUAUGAGAACGUUAAAAUUCCAAGUCGUAUCCGUUCACCCUCAUAAGUACCUACUUCAUUAUUUGCGCUCCCUUCAAGCAUGGUUCGGAGAAGAUGAGUGGUCCAAAUAUCCUGUUGCAAAGACAAGUUUAGCAUUAUUACAAGAUUUUCAUCAUUCACCUGCAAUUUUAGAUUACCCCCCAAACUGCAUUGCCCUGGCUUGUAUUAAUUUGACAUUGCAAGUAUACGGAGUGGUUGUACCAUUGAUGGAUGAAUGCGACCAACUCCCAUGGUUUAAUGUGUUUUGCAAGGAACUAACGAGGGAAAAGCUAUGGGAGAUUAUGGAAAAGGUCAUGUCAACUUAUGAUCCUGAACCUGAAACUCAAGACAGUUGUUAAGUCAUUAUUUAUUAUCCGACAAUGUGUUCUUACUAAUGUAUAAAUAAAGAAAAGUUUUUCACGAUAACUGAUUGACGUCAU